GCUCGGCAAGGAUCGAAUGAUCAGUCCAUCCAUCACACCACAAUUACUUAGACCUCCGAAGCACCUGAUCUCCCAAAAUGUCCGGCACAGAGAGCGCAUUCCCCAUUGAUCUCAAAAAGUACAGAAAAUUGACGCUUGACCCCUCCAAACCCCAGUUGACUGCAGAACAGAGAUCAACUCUUCUGCACAACAUCCAGCUUCUCCGUGAUGCUCUCGUACUCUUCACUGCAACAGGUGCUGCUCGGGGAGUGAGUGGGCACACUGGUGGAGCUUAUGACACCAUUCCAGAGGUGUGCAUUCUCCUCAGUUUGUUCGAGGCAUCGGAGAAAUACCUCCCCAUCGUCUUCGACGAAGCUGGUCACCGUGUCGCGACCCAAUACCUGCUCUCUGCUCUCGAUGGGCACAUCCCCCCUGAACAUCUCCUUCACUACCGCGAAGCCAACUCAAAGUUACCUGGUCACCCCGAACUGGGUUUGACACCUGGUGUCAAGUUCUCCUCCGGCCGUCUUGGUCACAUGUGGCCCAUGGUGAACGGUGUCGCCAUGGCAAACAAGGAGAAGCAGGAGGGUAACGAUGCCGAGGCUGCCAGAUUGGCGGUUGCGCAGAACUUGAACGUUAAAUUGUUGAUCGACGACAAUGACGUCACUAUCGCCGGACACCCAUCUCAGUACCUGAAGGGCUACGACGUCAGUAAGACUCUCGAGGGUCACGGUCUCAAGGUCUACACUGUUCAGGGUGAGGACAUCGAUGCCCUAUGGGCCGCUGUCGCCGCCAUCGUCACCUACGAUGGUCCUGCUGCUGUCGUCUCAAAGCGUCUUAUGGCACCGGGUGUUGCUGACAUUGAAGGUAGCACUCACGGGCAUGAUGUUAUCCCUGUGAAGUCCGCCAUCAAAUACCUCACCGCACGGGGAUACCCCACGUCAAUGUCGGAGGGUAUCCUCAACAACAUCAAGCCUGCGAGCGCGCCAUACUUAUACAUUGGUUCCACCAAGGAGGUUGGCGCAAACCGUGUUGUCUUCGGUGAAGCUGUCAACUUGGUGCUGGACAAGCUUAGCAAGGAGGAGGCUGCCGAGAAAGUCAUGGUGAUCGACAGUGAUCUCGAGGGUUCCACUGGUCUCAAGGUUAUUCACCAAAAACACCCCGAGGUGUUUGUUCCAUCUGGUAUCAUGGAACGUGGAAACUUCUCGACCGCUGCUGGUUUCGGUUUCGACGCGAACAAGUUCGGUGUCUUCUCGACGUUCUCGGCUUUCCUUGAGAUGGUUAUCUCUGAGGUCACCAUGGCCCGCCUUAACAACUGCAAUGUUCUUAGUCACUUCUCGCACUCUGGUGUUGAUGAGAUGGCCGACAACACCUGCCACUUUGGCGUCAACUCCUUUUUCGCCGACAAUGGUCUCUCUGAUGUCCAAACGUGGAUGUACUUCCCUGCAGACCCAUUGCAGAUGGUGGCUGUCAUCCAGCGGGUCUUUUUCGAGCGUGGCUUGCGCUUCGUUUUCUCUACGCGUUCGAAGGUGCCUUACAUCCUCAAGGAGGACGGUACCAAAUUCUUUGGUGAUGGCUACGAGUUCGUGCCUGGCAAGGACGAGACGAUCGUCGACGGCAAGGCUGGAUACGUUGUCUCUUUCGGUGAGAUGCUCUACCGCUCGUGGGACGCUGUCCUGCGCUGCCGCCAGCAGGGUCUGGAUGUCGGCUUGAUCAACAAGCCUACGCUCAACUUGGUCGAUGAACAAACGCUCAGGAAGAUCGGCUCAAGCCCCUUCGUGCUGGUCGUCGAGUCACUGAACCAAAAGACCGGGCUUGGUUCGAAGAUGGGUACUUGGCUCAUCGAGCGCCAGCUCACACCCAAGUAUGGCUACAUGGGUACAGUCAAGGAAGGCUGCGGUGGUCUGUCCGAGCAAAUUCCUUACCAAAACCUUGACCCUCAAUCGAUCAUUAUGAAGAUCAAGCAGUUGUCCAACUAGAAAAUGGAGCAUAUAUUAUAGAGAAGGCUUUCCAAAAACACAAUAUUACUGUAAUGCAAUUGCAAUUUGUACUGUUACCUUGUAGUAGAAUGAUGGAGGGAAUGCGAAUUCUUGAUCGUGUUAAGCACUUA